CUCUCUCUGUCUCUCCCCCCUCUCUCCGUUUCUCUGUAUCGGAACGGAAGAAAGAAAAGUAAAAGAGAGGAAAAAAAACGUUGAGCGAAAAACCCUAACCUUUCUCUGUGUGUGUUCAUUUCCGCAUUUAGGGUUCCGAUUUGGAAUUGAGAGAGAAAGAGUGGUUUCUAGGGUUUCGAUGGAGUGAGUGAGACAGCGUUUGUGAGAUCUGCGAAGAAGAGAACCCCGCUUGAAGGACCGUUAACAAUGGCUUCUGCUGAGAGGCAGCUCGAAGAGCAGCUUCGUGAAGCUGGGAACAAGCUUCUAGAUCCUCCUUCAUCCGUCGACGAACUUCUACCUCUUCUCGAUGCUAGGCUUAGUCUAAAGUUGCCGUAGCUUGUUUAAUGCAAGGUAUAGUUUGGUCCGUUUCCAUCCUGUAAUGAGAAAUAGCAUUGCCAUUGCGGUUCCUCUGAGAUUGAGACCAAACAUUAGCAACACUCUACCACAUCACAAGUUCCGGCCAACCUGCUUUCACAGCCAUGAAGGACAUACCAUUAGUUGCGUGCCCUACUCCGCUCCUCAAACAAAGCCCAUGGCGCUUCAUUUCGAGAUUCUUGGCCGGUUCAACCGUGCUCGUGCAGCUCAAUUGACUCUCCCUCACUUUGUGUGUCAAACACCACUAUUUAUGCCAGUGGGUACUCAAGGGACAAUCAAAGGCUUGACAAAUAACGAACUUGAGAGAAUUGGUUGCCAAAUAAUUCUGGGAAACACAUAUCACUUGGCCCUUCGACCUACUUCCGAGCUUCUCGAAGAAGCUGGUGGUCUUCACAAUUUUAUGAACUGGCCACGGGCUAUGCUUACAGACUCUGGUGGCUUUCAAAUGGUCUCAUUGUUGCAUCUUGCUGAUAUCACAGAAGAAGGAGUGACAUUUCAGUCACCGGUGGAUGGCAAGCCAAUGCUUCUUACACCCGAAGAAUCAAUUCAGAUACAAAAUAGAAUUGGAGCAGAUAUUAUUAUGGCUUUGGAUGAUGUCGUAAAGACCACCAUUACUGGUCCAAGAAUUGAGGAAGCUAUGUAUCGAACACUUAGAUGGAUAGACAGAUGCAUAGCAGCGCACAAGAGACCUCACGAUCAGAACUUGUUUGGUAUUGUACAAGGUGGUUUAGAUCCUGAGUUGAGGGACAUCUGUGUCAAAGGUUUGGUAGACCGCAACUUGCCUGGCUAUGCUAUUGGUGGUCUUGCAGGAGGCGAAGAUAAAGAUUCGUUUUGGCGAGUUGUUGCUCAGUGCACUGCUGCUUUGCCAGAGGAUAAACCACGAUACGUUAUGGGAGUUGGUUAUCCACUUGAUAUUGUUGUUUGUAGUGCUUUGGGUGCAGACAUGUAUGAUUGUGUCUACCCCACCCGUACAGCACGCUUUGGGACUGCCCUUAUUCCUGAGGGAGUACUAAAACUAAAACAUAGAGCCAUGGCUGAUGAUACUCGACCAAUUGAUCCUACCUGCCCUUGUAUGGUUUGCAAGAACUACACCAGGGCCUACAUCCAUUGUCUUGUCACUAAAGACGCCAUGGGGUCUCAGCUUCUAUCAUAUCAUAAUUUAUAUUACAUGAUGCGGCUUAGCAGAAAUUUACACACAUCAAUAGUUGAGGGAAGGUUCCCAAAGUUUGUAUGUGACUUUUUACAAACAAUGUUCCCCAAAGGUGAUGUUCCUGAAUGGGUCUGCAAUGCUAUGGAGGUGGCCGGAAUCGACAUUUCUUCCUGCUGUGCUCCAUUUCCAUCAUGCCAAGAAAAGUAUUCCAGCGAUGAAAUCGGAACUAAUGACAUACACAUGGAGUUAAGGCUUACACACACAAGUUAUAGACCAACACGAAAUUUAGAAAUUUAGCCGAGCUUGGAAGGCAUGCACAAAUUAGUUUACACAAUGAUUUUUUUGCAGGUUAAUGCUUACUUUGGUUCUUCUAUGUACAUGCGUGAAUCAUUUUACUUGACUUGUUAAAAUCGAUGAGAACUAAAAUGACCUAUGCGUGUACUUAUGGAGAUCAAAGUGAGCAUUAACCUGCUUACUUUUGGUAGCAUAAAUUUUGUAUCCUGCAUAUGCUGCUAUGAGUAAAAUUUAUUUAAAGGUUUACAGCAAAUCUUUUGUUCUUUUCAAUUCUUAUUGUCAACACAAGUGGAGAUUAGGGUUGUGUUCGUGAAAGGAAAAAGAAAUGGUGUAACAUUAUUUAAGUCUUGCUGUUUAUGUCGUGUCAUUUUAUAUCUUUUAAUUUGAACUUGAAAGAGCCUUCUUUAAGCAAA